UAAAACGACUAAACAAGAUGGCAGCCUCCUGAACUGUAGCUGGGCCAGGUCGUAUGUUACGGAAUUGCAUUUGUUAGUUACAUAUCCUGGCCGAAUGUCAAAUUAAUAGGAAUAAUGACUCGGUAGAUGCUAGAGUAUACGCUGCACGUCUCUUUACGAAUGGAAAUUUACAUUAUUUAACAUGACAUUGUGGGAUGACAACUUUCUACUCUAGCUAACAUUAGCUAGAAGCUUGCUUGCUGAUUCUGACAUGUCAACAGUAAUUACUGUACUGUCAAUAUGAAAGGGAGAACGGUAUUUAGCUAACAUAUCGAAACAAUUGUUUUGCAAUGUCAUGUAUUUGCAACUUUAGAUGUAUCUCAUCAUUUAUGCCAUAAACAGAUAUAUUGACGAUCGUCCAUUAGCCAGAACCUAACUCUUCUCACUAAGAUAAAACUGAUCUGAUCUUAACAUAAGUCCACAAUGAUCAACAGGCAGUCAAUGGCAGGUUUUUUUCGACUCGCGUGCAAUGGGUUGAGUCAACAUGGAAAGAGGAAUAUUAGCCUUUUCUCCAACACAUUGCCUUCGAAUUGGAAUAAAGUGGUUUCGGACGCAGAAAAAAUCGUGGGCUAUCCGACUUCAUUCAUGAGUCUCCGCUGCUUGCUGAGUGAUGAACUGAGCAAUGUAGCAAUGCACGUGAGAAAACUGGUUGGAACAAAACACCCAUUGCUCAAUACUGCAAGGGGCUUUGUAUAUGACAGCAGAAACAACCUUCAGAUGAGAGGGCUGGUCGUCCUACUCCUAUCCAAAGCCGCAGGCCCGUGUCACCAGUCCUCUGAUCUUUUGGCCCAGGACAUGGUCAGUGGGAUCUACCCCAGCCAGAGGAACUUAGCUGAAAUCACAGAACUCAUCCACACCGCUUUCCUGGUGCAUCGUGGGAUUGUUGACCUCAAAGAGUGGACCAAUUCAGAUGGCCCUCUGAAGGACAUGCAGUUUGGAAACAAGAUGGCAGUGUUGAGUGGAGAUUUCUUGCUAGCUAACGCUUGCACUGGACUGGCCCAACUAAACAAUACAAAGGUAGUGGAGCUGAUCUCCAGUGCCAUUGGAGACUUGGUGCAGGGUAUCUACUACGAGAACUCCAACGGUUUAGAGGAAAAUGGUCUUACAGAAGACAUCACUAUGGCAACCUGGGAGGAACAAGCUUUCCUUUCCCAUGGUGCCUUGCUGGCAAAGAGCUGCCAGGCAGCCAUGGAGCUGGCCAAACACAAUAAGGAGGCUCAGGGACUUGCCUUUAAAUACGGCAAACACUUAUCGCUGGGCCACAAGUUGAACUCUGACCUGCUGCCGUUCCUGAAGAGCAGUGCAGGCGACUCCGUGGCCUUCAGUUUGACCUCUGCCCCCGUGAUGUUCCACCGGCAGAUAGUAGGACAGGAGGAAUGGCGUAAUCAGUUGCACCAGGCAAGAACUAUUGGAAGACGAGUGGAUUAUACAAAGCUGUGGGCUACAAUCAAGUCAGAGAAAGGUGUGAGUUCGGCGGAGGACCUGUGUCAUUACCAUGGUGACAAGGCUAUGGAGGCCAUCCAGGCUUUCCCAUCCUCAGAGGCUCGCUCUGCCUUGGAGAAGAUUGCUUGUGCCGUCACCAAAUUCUGAACUUAUUUUUGAAGACUCUACUUAUUGCUUCAUUGUGCCGCCUUGUUGGACAGCAAACUAAAACCAGGAGGGGAGAGGUCACAUAGCUUCCCUUGGCCCUGCCAUGGGCACACUCCAAGCUUCUCCAGCAGUAAUUAUUAAUGAAGGCCCCGUUCCCGCGACCUGAGCAAAUGGACAGGAAAUGCAGCGGUAUUGAUUGGGACGCUGCACAGGCUGGCGCCAGGGUGCUGGCCUGUGGUUACCCAGGCGCUCUCCACGGGGGACAGCCAAGGUGUGAACCUGGGUGGAGGCGGGGACGUCACCGCCAACCACCAACCAUAGUAGGGUCUGUCUGUCACUCGCAGCCCCGCCUGAAGGGCAUGGGGUGGGAUGGAGAGGAGAGUCAGUGGGAAAGACAAGAAUUUCAGGGAAAGGGUGUGUAAGGGUUUUGUAACUGCAUUUUCAGUUCACAUUUCUGUCUCAGUCUGUGUUGUAGUCCACUCCACCUCGUGUUCCUGGCUGGCUGCUUCUGCAGCAGGUACAUAAUAUAGCCGGGCAAGCCUCUGGCCAUUGAUUAAAUAUUUAUUGUUGCCUUGAGCGGACAAGAAGAAAGUUAAAGGGACCAAACUUAAAGAAGAAAACAGGAGAGGCUUUGGGUCUUAAUACAUGAACUAAAGUUUUAUUUUUAAAUAAAGUAUAUAUUAAGGUACCAACAGGUGUUAGGAUGCUUUAUACAGUGGAAGGAGUUAUGUGGAUGCAGGUGUUAUAGUGUUGCAUGGCUAAACAGUUAAUGUUGAGUGAAUAAAUUAUUUUCAAGGUGUGCAGGGUGGCCAAUUGUACAGUAGUCAAUUUAGGUGGUUUAAAGUGCCCUGUGUUUUAUUUAAGUACAUAGAUACUUAAAUAUAGGUACAUGGAGAAAAAUGUGAGACUUGUAUAACAGUUUUCCACAUAUGUAAUUGUUGUGUCAUUUACAUAUUUCCUCUACCACAAAAUGGCUUACUAACACAGUGGAGAUAAGACCCUCCAGGCUAGUGAAGGAGAGGAAGUAUACAUUGUAAACGCCUCUGCAGCCAACAAGAGCCACAGCACAGCAUCAUGUUAUCAUACAGCUGAAACAAAACACCGUCUGUCUUGUUCAUGGCCAGGAUUUUGUGGUUUGACAUUCUUCACGUCCUGAGUGCUAGGUUGGCAUGAGAUCUGCAUGUACAUAAAUAUCAUUGAGGUGGUAACAGCAGACCAACCCCCAUAGACACACACACAGUCCUGUGUGGUGUAAUUCCAGCUGGUAUGCUGUGGAGAGAGCAAACGCAGCACAAUAGAUUGUGUUACAGUGUGACUCACUGUCUAGCAUGGACACUUGAUGAUGUUUUUGAAAACUGAAAUGCAAAAUUGCCCACCAUGUAGAAUUAUAUCACUUUCACCGCUGACAAAUCUGUGAAUUGCUCUUUUUCUCUGCUUCAUAACGUCACAUACUAUUUUUACAAAGAAAAGUUUAGUUGUGAAUUCCCAUUCAUGAAUGUAAAGCUAAGCCACGGACGGGUACAACCAAACAAGGAAAAAAGACGAGUGAGAAUGUGAUUCUAACUUGAUGUGAGGCGCAAGAUCACAAUAAAGAUUCGUUGGAAAUCGUGUUAAACUGCUGAAGACCUUUGCAAAUAAUCUUUUUGUGGAACAAUUAGCGGAUGUGUAAAAGGAAAUCGACAAUUUUGUUAAAUUAUGUUACACUCUCAAUUAGUCUCGUUAUAAAUGACCUAUCGGUGAACACCUGUUAAUGGCAUCACAUUGCUGACGGUGAUGGAUGAAAUGAUUCACUCCAAUAGGAACAAAAUGCUCUUUCUCUCU